AUGUGAUAAAAGUUAAUCAGCACAGCAGCAGAGCUCAGUUUUUUAAAGCUAAGAUGGCAGAAGCAACAGAAAGUCUCGAAUCGUCCGGUCUAAGAAGAGCGCGCACAAUAAGCAUUGAAAGUAUUUGUGACUUACCACUGGAGGACGCUACUCGACAAAAACUCGAUGGGAGCAAGGAACUCAAUGUCGUAAUUGUGGGAUGCUAUCAGGUGGGAAAGUCAACUCUCAUCAAUUCCCUGUUCUUUGAAAAGGGCAAAAAGUACAGAGAGCGGGCACAGGAAGGCUCAAUGAGUCCUUGCACUCAAGAUGUGAAUCCACAUGUCCUGCAGUUCAGCGGCAUUUCCUGCAACAUUUACGAUUCGCCAGGCCUGCAAGACGGAUGUGAAGCUGGAGACUUGGCCUACCUGCGCCAGAUCAAAGCCAAGUGCCCCAAAAUCCACCUCGUCAUCUACUGCACAAAGAUGGGAGAGCCUGUGAGACCGGCCGAAACCACGGCACUCAACAAUCUCACCUCGACAUUUGGAAACACAAUUUGGGAGAAUACAGUGAUUGCUCUCACGUUUGCCAACAAUGUACAACCGGUUGAUCCAGACACAGAUGAAGACGAAUACUUUCAAAGAGUAAAGAACGACAAGGAAAAGGAUUUGCGCAGUGCUUUUUGAAAGGCUUUCCAUUAGAGAAGCAAUCGUUGACAGCUUGCUCCAACACAUUUACCCCACUGGGUCAGCCAGAGUGCUCAAGCUCCCUGGCAUUAGGAACGAUUGGAGGGUUGACUUUUGGAUGGGGUGUCUGGAUGCCUGUCGACCGGAAGGCAAAGGGGCCUUGCUAACCCUGGCCUGGAGAAACCGACAGUUUGUUCUAAGGGUUCUACAGGCCUCGGUCGGUACUACAAGUGGAGGAUUGGCACUGGUUGGGGGGUUGGGGUGUGUCGUAGCUGGAGCUGCUCUAAGUGCGUCGGGAUUUCUCGCUCCGGUUGGUGUGCCUCUUAUUGCUGCUGGGGCAGUGGCCAGUAUUCUUGGGGCUGGGGCCACUUUCGGCAGCAGCUCUGCUAUCAAGAGUGCCAAGAAAGAGUAUAAAAGGAUGAAAGAGUGAACUUGGACACCUUCUUACAUGUUGUGCUUUGUGUGAUCGUGUGAUAUAUGAUUUCCUCCUUUCACUAUAAGAACAUCUGUAGUAGUUGUGUAUAGCUAAAUACCACAAGACAAGCAACAAAAUGUUGGGUCGGGGGUCUAAUCAACUCUCACUACUGACAGCAGCUCAGGAAUCGGAUGGCGAAGGUGAUGAGGGCAGAGAACUUUCCUUUGAGUUUG